AUCAUAGAUUCCAGAGAGUUUUUGCAACUGUCAGACUGUCACUCUCUGCCAGUGCCAGGCCAAUUGUUUAAUGUCAUAUGUCAUUAAUUUUAUUGUGAAAGGUUUUAUUUGUAUCGUCUUGUGAGUUAAUUUUGUGAGAAAAGGAAAUAUUUAUAGUUUACGGUACUCGUAGCAGCUUAAUGUUUGCUGAUGUUAUUGUAAUAAAUAAUACUUAAAAUGGGUAGUAGGAAAGAAAACCUCAAGAAAACCCUGGGAAUAUCGGAAUAUCCGUGGAGUUCAGAUGAUGAUGAUACUCCAUCACAACCUCUACAGGUGUUGAGGAGACAAGCAGAUGAACCUCGGCCCAGUGUGGCUGACAUGCCUGGAACUAGCAGCGGAAAUGAUGAUGCGUGGUGGACAGACCCGACUGGGAGUCAGCCCCAUCAAACAUCUGUAUCACAACAAGCGUCGCAUUCACCCGCAACAGCGCGUAAACAACAAGCUAAACUAGACCAUGCUCUGUUCUGGUCCAUCAUCAAUAAUACACCAAGGCCUUCCAAUGUUGGAUCCAGCCGUCCUAGGUUAGCGAGUGACAUGCCUGUGACGUACGUGUCACGGCCGUCAGUCCCCUCCCGCUCCGACUUGCGGGAGUCGCGGCGAGCCGAGCGUACGACGUCUGCCUCAGACAUACAGCGCAUACUGGCUUUCAAGAGACUCACUCGUAGCCUGCAGGACUACACGCACUACAAAUCUGGCACAAGUCCAACCUUACGGCAAAUGACCAGCGGGGGUCCGUCGCGCAGCCCGUUGUUCACUCCGUCAAUGUCGGCAGAGACGUCCAGGUCCAGAACCCACAAGUGCUGUAUUCGCCCGCAAGUUGGACGCAUAUACAGGACAGUAAGCAGUUCUUCUGAAACAGUCGGUGCGGGUGAUCCUCAGCCAUCUCAGAGCCGUUACCGGUCGCUACCAACUACUCGCUCCAGCGUCCCAUCAGAUAUAGACACCAGUCUGGCCGUGCCUGAGCAAGACCACUUCGUUAAUGUUGAUCAAUCUGAUGAAGACGUAGAAGCUGUCCAAGAGCCACCUGCAGUUCCUGAACAACCUGAUGAGAAUAAUGCCGAUGAAGAAAAUGUCCAAGCCCCAGCGCACGACACUGGCGGCGCCAUAUCGUUGGAGGAGGAGAUCGUGGAGGUGGACGCCCCGGAGGAGCCUGAGGCGGUGCCACCCACGGACAUCGAACCUGACGCCGCCGAUACACAUGCCAACGAUGACAACAACGCUGUGGUCACAAACUCUGAUGAAAAUGCUGAGACUGCACAAUCCCAGUCUCCAUUCCAAGGAGUCAAGAGGAAGCGGGAUGCAAGUGAUGAUAAUGGAGAGCCCUUCUCCGUACAGGAGUUUAAUCAAAGCCUGCUGCGCCUGCUGGAGUGCCCGGUGUGCCUGGAGUGGAUGGAGCCGCCCAUGUCGCAGUGCCGGCGCGGGCACCUGGUCUGCGGGCGCUGCCGCGCGCGCCUGGCGUCGUGCCCGGUGUGCCGCACGGCCUUCUCGUCCGUGCGCAACCGCGCCAUGGAGGGCGUGGCCGACAUGCUGCGCUACCCGUGCCGCCACGGCUGCGGCCGCGAGGUGCGGCUGCGGCGCCGCGCCCCGCACGAGGCGUCCUGCGGCGCGCGCCGCUACCACUGCCCCGCGCCGCCCUGCGCGCGCCAUCCGCCGCUGCCGCACCACGACCUCGCGCACCACUUCCAGUGUAAGCACUUACCCAUCCUGAAGAUUGGAGCGAAGCACAAGUUCUCAAUGAAGGUAAACUCGGAGCAACAUGAUACAUGGUUGAUCAUGGCACUGGAUGAGUACUUCCACCUGCGCGUCGACGUCGACAUCCGUACGUGGGGCGUCAUCGUGUACGUCUCCUACAUCGGGCCCAAGCGCAAGGCUAAACAUUACGUUUAUGAGGUCUCCGUGGUGGGGCAGCACAACUCUAGAAGCGUGACGUACAAACGAGCCACACACAGUGACCUCGAGAGCUCGUCGCUAAACGUGAGCCGUCAGGACUGCUUCCACUUGACACUCGACCAGGCACUCAACUUCCUUCGGUUCAAGAACAGACAUUGCGAGCCUGACAAGUUCUUAGAUUUCGAUGUCGAAAUCAGAACAGCUCCAGAUUUCAACUCUCAGGAAUUAAGAGAAGACUCUGAUUCAUAAAUCAUAUGAGUAUGUAACAAGGAUGAAGGGAUAUCUAAUCGUGCUACGAUAGGUGCAAAGAUGCGACGCCAGUGAGACAAGCUAACUGUAUUGCGCAGUUUAUAAAAUGCGUACUACUUUACCGCACCACGUAAUAACGCUGCGCUAAUGUGCUCCUAAACUAGCUACGGUUGUAUGAAAUUUGUUAUAUUGUAAGAUUAUUGUGUUUAAUCUGUGAUUUAUUGUUAUGCAAUUUAAAAUGUGACCUUUAAAUAUCUCACAUUUUAAAAUGCAAUAACCUUUAUUUUAUUCAAAGGAUAUCGAUUACUUUUAAAUCAGAUAGUGUUUAUAGUUUGUCGUAAUUUAGUAAUGUUAUAUCUUUGACAUCUACGUCUCAUAUCGCAUUGGUCUGGUAGUUACGUAUUCACAAUAGCUAUUUACAGAAAUAAACAGAUUCUCAAUAUUGUGUGGUAGUACAAUCACAUUUAUGGAAUGGUAGUAGUUAUAUUCUGUAGUUUCAGCUAAUCUCAAUUUUGAAGUUCUGAAGUUUCAAGGAUUAACACGUAAGUUUUGAAUGUACGUUAUAGUUACAGUAGACUAUAUUGCAUAUUUCGAGAAUAAAUCUACUUUUGUUGUCUAUAUUGGGAUUUACUCGUGUGUCGCACUAAAAAUUGGUUAAGCUUUGAUCGCUACGGUCAGGUAUAAGAGAUUACUACGAACUUGUCUACUACGGCAUCGUUAGCCCGACCGUGGCGGUCACAUAGAUAACCUUUUCAUACUUCUAUAGGUUUUUAAAAAUGUAAAAAUAAAUAGUUACUUCCGUAGAAGUAGAAAUGUCUGUUUCUAUCCUUCAGCAUGGUAAAACGUCCUUACCAUAAUCUGAUAACGCUAUUGUUCUUUAUAAAGCUUGUCCUGAGUAAAUCCCUAAAUCAAGGAACAGUGAUGGUGUAUUAUAAUACACAUAGUAUACAAUAUCUGAUAACUGUUAGAUCUAAUUAUUAUUAUUAUUCGUCAUAGUUGUAGAUUGCUCAGUGUUGAUAUAUAAUAUUUAAUAUAAUGUUAGUCGUACGUUAUAGGUUGCCGGAUGUAAUUAGCCGGUCAGUUUCGGCUUUAUACACCUUGGUCCGGCUAAAACGAUAAUAUUGAUCAUAAUUUCAUUUUAAAGUUAUCGUUUUCAAUCAAAAAUCGAGAAUAAAAAUCAUGUGAACAUUUUCCAUGACUUUCUUGUACAUAGUCUUGACUUGUCAGUCUUGUUAAAAUGAUGUGUCCGCCUUUAUUUAGGUAUAUUAUCUGGUAACAACGGUCCUUUACACAACUUGCGAUUGUCGGGUAAUCAUCGGAGAAGUGUACCGCGGUAUGACGUCAUGUACGGUCACAGUCAAAAGUCCACUUACAUUACAACGAUCAUUAUUGCCUGCGAUAUACGGGCUGCGGCGUCAUAUACACUAUUAGCAUAUCUUAUACAAGGUCAUAAGUACAACUUAUAUCCUAUGCAAGUUUUACACGUACUUACAAUAUGUGAUGUACUGGCCUGCAGUUCAACUUCUCUGUUAAAUGCCUAAUCAAUUCAACUUUAUUGAUUUGAUAUAUAGUCGAAAAUCCAGUGUAAAUAUUAAAAGAAUAUAGUAAGUUAUAAGUGUGGGAGAGCCGUGCUUCGGCACGAAUGGGCCGGCUCGA